AUGAAGAUCUUCUGGUGUAUCCUGAUGAAGGAUCUCCUGACACUCCUGAGGAAGGAUCUCCUGGUGAAGACACUCCUGAUGAAGGAUCUCACUCCUGGAAGGAUCUCCUGGUACACUCCUGAUCUUGGUGUAGACACUGAUGAAGGAUCUCCUGACACUCCUGAUGAAGGAUCUCCUGGUGAAGACACUCCUGAAGAAGGAUCUCCUGGAUCUCCUGGUGUAGACACUCCUGAGGAAGGAUCUGAUGUAGACACUCCUGAUGAAGGAUCUCCUAGUGUAGACACUCCUGAAGAAGGAUCUCCUGGUGUAGACACUCCUGAUGAAGGAUCUCUGUACACUCCUGAUGAAGGAUCUCCUGGAUCUCCUGGUGUAGACACUCCUGAGGAAGGAUCUGAUGUAGACACUCCUGAGGAAGGAUCUGGUGUAGACACUCCUGAGGAAGGAUCUGGUGUAGACACUCCUGAUCUGACACUCCUGAUGAAGGAAGACACUCCUGAGGAAGGAUCUCCUGGUGAGGACACUCCUGAGGAAGGAUCUCCUGACACUCCUGAGGAAGGAUCUCCUGGUGUAGACACUCCUGAUGAAGGAUCUCCUGGUGUAGACACUCCUGAGGAAGGAUCUCCUGGUGAGGACACUCCUGAGGAAGGAUCUCCUAGUGUAGACACUCCUGAGGAAGAAACUCCUGUGGAAGAAUCUCCUGAGGAAUCUCCUGAGGAAGAAACUCCUGAGGAAGAAUCUCCUGAGGAAGAAACUCCUGAGGAAGAAUCUCCUGAGGAAGAAACUCCUGAGGAAGAAUCUGAGGAAUCUCCUGAGGAAGAAUCUCCUGAGGAAGAAACUACUGAGGAAGAAUCUCCUGAGGAGAGGAAUCUCCUGAGGAAGAAACUCCUGAGGAAGAAUCUCCUGACUCCUGAGGAAGAAUCUCCUGGGGAAGAAACUCCUGAGGAAGAAUCUCUGAGUCUCCUGAGGGAUGAGGAAGAAACUCCUGAGGAAGAAACUCCUGAUGAAGAAAUUCCUGAUGAAGAAACUCCUGAGGAAGAAUCUCCUGAGGAAGAAACUCCUGAUGAAGAAACUCCUGAGGAAGAAACUCCCGAGGAAGAAUCUCCUGAGGAAGAAACUCCUGAGGAAGAAACUCCUGAUGAAGAAUCUCCCGAGGAAGAAACUCCUGAUGAAGAAUCUCCCGAGGAAGAAACUCCUGAUGAAGAAUCUCCUGAGGAAGAAACUCCUGAUGAAGAAUCUCCUGAGGAAGAAACUCCUGAUGAAGAAACUCCUGAUGAAGAAUCUCCCGAGGAAGAAACUCCCGAGGAAGAAUCUCCUGAGGAAGAAACUCCUGAGGAAGAAUCUCCCGAGGAAGAAACUCCCGAGGAAGAAUCUCCUGAGGAAGAAACUCCUGAUGAAGAAUCUCCCGAAGAAGAAACUCCUGAGGAAGAAUCUCCCGAGGAAGAAAUUCCUGAUGAAGAAUCUCCUGAGGAAGAAACUCCUGAUGAAGAAUCUCCCGAGGAAGAAACUCCCGAGGAAGAAUCUCCUGAGGAAGAAACUCCUGAGGAAGAAUCUCAAGAGGAAGAAACUCCUGAUGAAGAGUCUCCUGUGGAAGAAACUCCUGAUGAAGAAUCUCCCGAAGAAGAAACUCCUGAGGAAGAAUCUCCCGAGGAAGAAACUCCUGAGGAAGAAACUCCUGAGGAAGAAACUCCUGAGGAAGAAACUCCUGAGGAAGAAACUCCUGAGGAAGAAUCUCCCGAGGAAGAAACUCCUGAUGAAGAAACUCCUGAGGAAGAGGAGAAACUCCUCUCCUGA